AAAUCGAACGUCCUCGUCGGCGAUUUCAUGCCUAGCGUCAAUUACACCGGCGGAAUCAGGGUUUGUGCUUAUCUGGAUACUGCAGAAACCAAGCAUGGACAAAUCAAAGAUUUUGCCAAAGACAUCUUAAGACGAAGCUCGAGCACAUGGGUUUCGUCCAUGACCACCACCCUCGACGCGAUGUGGGAUUCCCUCGAAUCCCAACUCGCCGCUGCCGGAGACGGAAGCUCCGCCAGCUACAUCUUCCCUCUCCAAGAAUUCCUAUUCUCCUUCCUCAGCCUCACCCUCCUCGGUGCCGACACGUCCGCCUUCCCGGAGAUCAAGAAAUCCGGCCACAUAAUGAUCGACAAAUGGCUCGCCGUGCAGCUCCUCCCCACAAUAAGCAUCAAUGUCGUGCAACCCCUCGAGGAGAUCUUCCUCCACUCAUUCUUCUACCCUUUCUGGCUCGUCAAAUCCGAUUACCAAAAGCUCGCGAAUUUUGUCGAAAAAGGAGCCGGGGAAACACUGGCGAGGGCGCAAACCGAGUUCAAGCUCACCAAGGAGGAAGCCAUCCACAACCUCAUCUUCAUGCUCGGGUUCAACGCGUUCGGAGGGUUCUCCCUCUUCUUCCUUUCGCUCCUCAGCAGCCUCAGCGAGCAGAAGCCGAGCGUGCAGGAGGAGCUGAGGAAGGAGGUGCAGGAGAAGCUCUCGAACAACAUCCUUAGCUUCGAGACGGUGAGGGAGAUGGACCUGGUGAAUUCGUUCGUGUACGAGACACUGCGUUUGAAUCCACCUGUCCCACAGCAGUUCGGCCGAGCUCGAAAGAACUUCGACCUCAGCUCGCACACCACAGUGUACGAGAUCAAGAAAGGCGAGCUGCUGUGUGGCUUCCAGCCACUAGUGAUGAGGGAUCCUAAAAUAUUUGAGAAUCCAGAGGAAUUUGUGUACAACAGAUUCUCAAAGAAAAGAGGCGGAGAGGAGUUACUUGAAUACCUGUUCUGGUCGAACGGGCCGCAGAUGGGGACUCCGGGCCCAUCGGCCUCCAACAAGCAGUGUGCGGCCAAGGACGCCGUGCCUCAAACUGCGGCUGUGUUUCUUGCUUACCUGUUUCAGAGAUAUGAUGAGAUCUCCAUUUCUUCUGGUUCAGUCACUGCUCUCAAAAAGGCAAAGUGA